GCGACCGCGCGCAAAACGAACGCAUUGCUGCGCGUGUGAAAGUUAGCAUUCGAAAUACAAACUUGGCGGCAAACUCAUCCAUAGACAAGCUGAAAAUUUUGACAGAUCUUAAAAAAAAACAUUUUAAAUAUUUUUUUUUUUUCGAACUUGAACAUUGUGCUGUGUUCAGUGAUAGUUGUGCUAAGUGACUUUCCCUGUUACAUCGCCGGUGCAGGAUGACUAACACACGUAAUAUCAAGGUCUGGAUAUGCAUAGCAUGCAUGGCCACAACGAUGGGUGCUCCAGCCCCGAACCCACCCAUAACGUUCGACAUCAUCGACAUGGCAGCCAUCAGUCGAAUGUCACCACAGCAAUUGGAGGCGUUGGCUGAAGGUCUCGCUGCUGAAGAAAUUAUGAGGACAAAACGGUCAUCAGCGCAGGCAUUAACGUCGGUUGUAUCAAAAGCAUCUUCAGGUAUACAGAGCAAGGUCGGUCUCCUCGGUCAGGCGUCAGCCGGUGCUGCGUCUCUAAUCGCCUCAGCUUCCAGCAAAACAGGCCAUGAACACUCUGGAUAUUCUUAUGAACCGCAUGAAGAAAAAUACGACUACGUAGGUCUGAAGAAAUCGAUUCUCUACACCCUGUUCCAAGCGGUGAAGGCAAUUACUGGUGGAGUCACUAUUCUUAAAGGGCAAUUGAUAAAGGGAGGUGGUGCCCUUGCCGCAACUCUGGGUAAAGUGAUCUCGUCGAAGGGAGACGCUGUCAGCAACCUGGGAAGGAAGAUCGUCAGCUCGGCUGCUUUGAGCGAAAAGAGGCCGCAUUCGACCGCAGUGUACGGUCCGCCACCAACCAGCCACAUAGAGUACGCACCAACCUCGUACGGCGCGCCGACCGCUCCCGCGCACUACGUACAGGCCGCGCCCACGGGAUUCGCCGCGCACAAGUAUCCCGCGCAUUUGGACGGACAUGGAAAACUGAGCGGAGUGCACGCCGGUGUUGUAAUACUGACCCCGCUCGAGCACGCCGCCACCAGCGAGGGCCACUCGGGAUACACGCACCUUGAAUCUCCACCUUCCAUUAUCAACAGCGUAUAUUCCGCCAUAAAGGGCGUCUUCUCCUCCGCCGCUCCACAUUCCGAGUCUUACAUUACACACCAAGAAACUCCUCCACCUCACCCCGCUCCUCCUUUCAGGCCCAUGACAUGGGGAGCGGUCGACUCCUACGGCGAACCCGCCAUGAUCGAAACCUAUUCAGAUUAUGACCCUCGCUCUCCCCAUCCUUAUAGUAGAGCAUCAUCAAAAAAAUCCGCAAUCCCCACCUUCCAUAAAAACGAACGCCUGACUCCAGAGAAAAUACAAAAAAUAAACAAAAAUCUCGAUAAAGUACAAGCGUAUUUAAACGAAAACCAAAGAUCAGCCGAAGUGCUUCCUAAGUUUAACAAGAAUUACGUCGACAUGUUAAGGAAAGGCCAGAUUCCGUUCCUACCCACUCCUGUGAUAAGCGAUAAUGAAAUCGGUGUCCUUCCCGCUGAAUUACUUCCUGACGAUGAUCCUUUGACUACUACCACUACGACUACAACUACUACUACUACGACUACUACAAAACCAAACACGACUGACGGGAACACCAGAAGGAAGAAGGACACAAAAUUCAUACUGCGAGGAAACAAGAUUGUUCAAGUUUGACAUAUGACUGUUGACUGACUGAGAAAUUCCUGGAUAUAAUACAGUGCAGCUGGGUGGCGAACAUUUGCAGAAUUAUCAAUUUUAAUAAUCUCGUCGCCUUUGAUUUUUACGUAAAGUGGUAUAAAGUCAUAUAAUUUCUGUAGUAAUGAUUUGUCUUUUCGAUAAUUCAUUCGUAGAAAUUGUUAAUGACUGUAUACACUUUUGCAAGACUUAUAAUAAUGAUUUAUAAUAACAAUGGUUUUGUAUUAUACAUUUUUUACCACAACAAGACCGACUGUCGCUUAAAUUUCUCUCUUUUAAAAGUGAUACUUAGAUGCGUCAUGAAAGUAUGGAAUUACCAACAAAGUAUGUAAACUUAGGAGUGUUAGCCAAAAACGAUUGUAAUUACUAAUGAUUAAUUACAAAUAGCGAUAUAUAAUAUAUAAUUGAUUAUAUAAAUUAUGAAUUAGGUUAAUUAGAGAAGUUACGUACCUAUAAGUUUACUGUUAGGUGUGUGUUUAAAUAUUUAUUAAUAUCUAUAAAGCUUUCACUGUCAGAUUCAUUCUUUUGGUCUAUUUAUAAAACAGUACCUAUUUAUUAUUAUUUUUACUGUAUAACAAAAUCAAAUAUUUGUAAAUUAACGCGAUUAAAAUGACAUUGUAAAUAUUUUUUG